UUUAGACAUCGCAGAGUCCUCUUAAAUUAGAUAGAACUAGAAGUAUACCGAAUGAGAGAGAAUUAUUGUAUGUUCGUCUUAAUAAAUACAUAGAUAGAAAUGAAAUGUUAUGUAUGUGUUAAAUAAAGUGACCUUAGUCUGUAUUAGUGUCCAGCAAAAGUGUUUUUGGUGCAAGUGUGUUUUAAGGUACCUACCGCCUCCGAAAUCAUUGACCUUAAAGCCAAUGAGGCAUUGGAUCAUGAGGUCCUCGGUUCGAGUCCUGGUGCAGCACUGAGCUUUUCGUUCUUCUAAGAAGCCCAACACAGCCCGGAGUUUUAAAAUGGAGAGAGGCAGGAUUGCACAGUACUUAGCGGUAUUUGCCUUAUCUUUAUCGACGGCCGCUAUUGGCACGCUGUCUGGGUGGCCGACACCAGUUAUACCGAAGAUUAACAAUAAUGAAACCUUCGUAGACAUAACAAAGGAUGAGCUAGCAACACUGCUGGCUAUGUCACCACCAGGGUACGUGGCUGGCAGCCUGGUUAACAGAUUCAUAACAGACAGCUUAGGGCGACGAGCGACUAUACUGGCGAGUGCCGUGCCUAUCAUCUGUGGAACGAUUAUCACGUCAUUCGCCAGGGUAUCUUGGCUGCUCUAUAUUAUGCAUAUGCUAUGGGGCGUUGGCGCUGGAAUGAUUUCUACGGUCAUAGGAAUAUACCUGGCAGAAAUAGUUGACAAAGAUAUCCGCGCGACUCUCUCAACAUGCACCAAAUUUAUGUUCAACUUCGGGAAUCUCAUGAUCAUAUCCAUCGGACCUUUCGUGUCGUACAAUGCGAUAAACUACUCUCUGGUAAUGUUGCCAGUGGUAUACUUCGCGGCUUGCGCGUUUAUACCUGAAUCGCCUUACUAUUACUUGAAGGAAGGUAAAGUGGACCACGCGAGAAAAUCUCUGCUAAAGUUAAAGGAUAAAGAGACUGCAGAGCAGGAGCUAGAACUGAUGAAAGGACACGUAUCCAAGGAGAUGAGGAACUCCACCUCUGCGUGGGAGCUGUUCACAGGCAAGCAGUACCGGAAACCGCUUGUCAUUGCUUUUGGGUUGAAAUUGGCGCAGAUCAUGACUGGCGGAAGGUCUAUUCAGCAAUACAUGGGGCUGAUAACACAGGAAAUUGGCUUGGACGUCAAAGUCUCCACGCUUCUUAUCAUAUUCGGAGCGUUCAAAUUUGCUGUUGGUGUGAUGUCAUCAACUGUGAUAGACAGAGUGGGGCGUCGUUCAGUCCUCAUAUACUCCUUCCUCAGCACAGGAAUCUGCUUGGCCAUCGCUGGCUUAUACUUCUUCCUCCAAGAGGUCAUCAGAGUAGAUCAUUCAGUCCUCAAAGCCUAUGGGACGGUUGCUUUUAUAGCGAUCAUACUCUCAAACGGGCUAUCGAUUGGUUUUAAUUCAAUCAUUGGAGUGAUUUCCGCGGAAAUAUUUCCUUUAAACGUGAAAUCUGUAGCUAUGACGUCGGUUAACGUUUUGAGUGGUUGCCUAGGCUUUGUAGUCGCUAAGAGUUACCAGGCUAUUAACAAUGUUGCCGGUUUUUGGGGAGUCUUUUGGGCGUUUGCAUCCAUAGCACUUGCUGGCGCGCUUUUCUCGUACAUGACUGCUCCAGAGACGAAGGGCAAAAGUUUAGAGGAAAUUCAGGAGAUGUUACAAAUUAAUACAGCUAGUAGUGAUGAAGAUGAAAAACUGAGUGACAUAGAAGUUAUUGAAAUGGUUGAAAAUUGUAGAGAAUCGAAGGAGUCGAGGAAGGGGGGAAUAUUAUAGAAGUGUAUUGUAACACUUUUAAAUUGUGAAGAGGCGUUCGAAAUAUGAGAGUAUAUGUGGAAGUUGCGAAUAUCAUGGAGGGUUCGCAUUCGCAAUACUACUGUGAUGCAAAGAAUAGGAAAGCCAACAGAAGUUCUGCAGGAUUUUUAAAGGAGGAAGUUCGAAUACCUGGAUCCCUAAAAUUACCUAAUCCACCUUAUUAUCCAGGAAAGAUAAAGGGCAAACGAGUUUCUGGUCGUAGACGUUCAGCUUGGCUUGAUAUUUUUUUGGAAUAGAUAUUAUUUAUCUUCCGGUUUCUAAGAAACAUUCAGUAUUUAAAUAAAUAAAAAUAAAAUAAAAUAUAAAUAAAA